GCUGGUCAUGAAGGUUUCUACCGAGUUUGGGAUUAUCCACUGAAUCCUAAAAGUCUUUCGUUGGGUGAACUUUAUGGUGAAUUCAAUAUGUCAACUAAUGAAUGGAGUGAUGGUGUGUUGUCUAGUAUUAUGAGACAGGCUUGUGCAGAUGAAAAGCCAGACCACAAGUGGAUCCUAUUUGAUGGUCCAGUAGAUGCCCUGUGGAUUGAGAGCAUGAACUCUGUCAUGGAUGACAACAAAAUCUUGACGCUUAUUAAUGGAGAACGUAUCUCGAUGCCAGAACAGCAAAUGUGA